CCAGGAUCCAGAAAAUCUUUCAAAUCGUCAUCUUGCAGCGAGACCCCGUUGGCCCGGCCGUGAGGUAAAAGAUGCCCUUGGUGAUUGGGAUCUAGAUAGAAUGCUGGGCGCAUCAGUUGCUUCUUAUGGUGCCUCGAAUGGAGGGAGUAAUGGCACAAUCAACGCCUCAAGAUUACCUCAGUCACGGGUAUGUUUUUAA